GUAGGGAAAAAUAAAUGAAACUAUGAUAGGAAGCAGGUCAAGCUCAUUACCCAGUCAUAGUCACUGUUGAAAGAUACUGGCAGAAUGAUAGAUUGACUCUGCUAUCAUGCUGACGAUACAUAAAGCGAUUGAUCAAACAGCCACUGCUUCCUAAUGAUUGCAUCUAAGUGAAUAUUAUUUCUAAUGUUAAAGGAUCUGAACAACUUUCAACACUUUCAGCAAACAGGUGAUUUCCCUGUUAGAUUGCUGGCCUGGGGAUUUUAGUGUAUGUCCUCUCUAGAAAGUAGUCCAAAGUAUACAAACUUCACCGAAGAGAUCACAAUGCCCGCAAGUGUUUGUGUAUUCCCUUCCCAUAUUUACUAGGCAAAUCUUGUGAUCUUCUAAGGUUUUUCUUACUCUGAUAACCAUGAAAGACUUGCUCGGUCUUUGAGAAUGAAAGGAAGGCCAGCUUCAUCAUUUGAGAACGACCUGAGAGGCACCACCUUCCACUCCCAGAACCCUAUUUAAGCGCUUCCCCGAUCUCUCAACCUUCCUCACCUCACCACUACAAGUCCCACUUGCUUGCCUCUCCCACUCCCUCGAGUAGUCCAUCCACAAGUUCCACAUUCUCUACCUCUCUUCUGAUUCCUGCAGCUGCACGCGCCCCCAACACGUCUAUCUGAAACCAUCAGUCAUGGCCGGUGUCGCUGAUCGUGCCGAGUCGCUGUCCCGACUAUGCGUGUGGGUGAACGGCCCGAUCAUCGUCGGGGCUGGGCCGUCCGGUCUAGCUGUCGGGGCCUGCCUCAGGGAGCAAGGCGUCCCCUUCGUGAUCCUCGAGCGAGCCGACUGCAUUGCCUCCCUCUGGCAGAAGCGUACCUACGACCGCCUGAGGCUCCACUUGCCCAAGCAGUUCUGCCAGCUCCCGAAGCUCCCCUUCCCGGAGGAGUUCCCGGAAUUCCCCACCAGGAAGCAGUUCAUAAGCUACCUGGAGUCGUACGCGAAGCAGUUCGAGAUCAGCCCGCGGUUCAACCAGUCGGUGCAGUCCGCGAAGUACGACGAGACGAGCGGGCUGUGGAGGGUGACGGCCGUCGUCGCCGGCGAUGAUUCCAGGAACCGGAGUGCCGAGGUGGAGUACAUCGGACGGUGGCUGGUGGCGGCCACCGGCGAGAAUGCGGAGAAAGUAGUCCCCGAGCUGGAAGGGCUGGAGGAGUUUGGCGGCGACGUGAAGCACGUCUGCGACUACAAGUCCGGGGAGGCCUACCGGGGAAAGCGGGUGCUGGUGGUCGGCUGUGGAAACUCCGGUAUGGAGGUCUCGCUCGACCUGUGCGACCACGACGCCUCCCCGUCUAUGGUGGUUCGAGACUCGGUGAGUGAUCCACCAUCAACGCCUGUAGGAUGCAUGCAGCAAGCUCUCUGGUGGUGUCCUAAUGGAGUUGGUCCUCCAUCAUCGCUGCAGGUUCACGUGCUGCCGAGGGAAGUUCUCGGGAAAUCGACGUUCGAGCUGGCUGUUCUGCUGAUGAAGUGGCUGCCCCUGUGGCUGGCGGACAGGAUUCUGGUGGUGUUGGCAUGGCUGGUGUUCGGAAACGUCGAAAAGCUUGGCCUGAAGAGGCCUUCCACCGGACCUCUGGAGCUGAAGAACACACAGGGACGGACUCCCGUUCUGGACAUCGGCGCGCUCGGCAAGAUAAGGUCCGGCGAGAUCAAGGUGGUCCCAGGAAUCAAGAGGUUCAUCCAGGGAAAGGUCGAGCUGGUCGACGGCCAGCUCCUCGACGUCGACUCGGUCAUCUUGGCCACAGGCUACCGCAGCAACGUCCCUCGAUGGCUUCGGGGAAGUGACUUCUUCUUCUCCAAGGAUGGACUGCCAAAGUCACCAUUCCCGAACGGAUGGAAGGGGAGUUAUGGGCUCUACGCAGCUGGUUUCACAAGGAGAGGCCUCUCCGGUGCCGCCGCAGAUGCAGUGAGGAUAGCGGAUGACAUCGGCAGGUUGUGGAAGGAGGAAUCGGAGCCGGCAAAGAAGCUCAUUUGCCUGCCGUAGGAGAUGCAUCUCACACGACUGUUUCAUGCUCUGCUGUUUUCCUCUCCCGAGACAGGCUGUAGAUAGUAGCACGAAGCAUACGCCCAAGUUUUGAUGCAUGGAUGGGCCUGAUGAUGUACAAAGAACAGUCGAUGAUAAUGAUGAUGAUGAUGAGGCUUUUUCUUCUA